AUGUCUUGCCAGCAAAACCAGCAGCAGUGCCAGCCCCCUCCCAAAUGUCCUCCCAAGUGUACCCCAAAAUGUCCACCUAAGUGUCCCCCCAAAUGCCCACCACAGUGCCCAGCUCCAUGUUCCCCUGCAGUCUCUUCCUGCUGUGGUCCCAGCCCUGGGGGCUGCUGUGGUCCCAGCUCUGGGGGCUGCUGCAGCUCUGGGGUUGGUGGCUGCUGCCUGAGCCACCACAGGCCCCGUCUGUUCCACCGGCGCCGGCACCAGAGCCCCGAUUGCUGUGAGAGUGAACCUUCCGGGGCCUCUGGCUGCUGCCACAGCUCUGGGAGCUGCUGCUGA